AUGACCCACUCCUGCUGCUCCCCUUGCUGCCAGCCCACCUGCUGCAGGACCACCUGCUGCAGGACCACCUGCUGGAAGCCCACCUGUGUGUCCAGCUGCUGCAGCCCACCUUUUUGCCAGCCCAGCUGUGGUGGGUCCAGCUGCUGCCAGCCCAGCUGUUGUCAAACCACCUGCUGCAGGACCUCCUUCCAACCCACCUGUGUCAGCAGCUGCUGCCGCACACCCUGCUGCCAGCCCUGCUGCUGUGUGUCCAGCUGCUGCCAGCCCAGCUGUUGUGAGUCCAGCUGCUGCCAGCCCAGCUGUUGUCAAUCCAGCUGCUGCCAGCCCCGGUGCUGUGAGUCCAGCUGCUGCCAGCCUUGCUGCCGCCCAAGCUGCAGCAGUACCUGCUGCCAGCCAGCUUGCUCCGGACCCGUGUACUGCACCAGAACCUGCUAUUACCCCACGAGUGUCUGUGUGCCUGGCUGUCUGUCGCAAGGCUGUGGAUCCAGCUGCUGUGAGCCCUGCAGCUGUUGA